AUGGCUGAGCUGCCCAUCCCAGAUCUGCCCCCAGCCCGCUGCAGCGGCCGCUUCACCAUCAGCACCCUCCUGGGCAUGGAGGAGGGGGGCCGGGGUCCCUACACACCCACUGAAGGGUCCAGCUGCGACAGCAUCCAGCCCACUCACCUGUCCAGCAGCACCCUCUGCACCAGGACCUUCGGCUACAACACGGUGGAUGUGGUGCCAGCCUACGAGCACUAUGCCAACAGCAAGGGGGUGGGCGACCUCAGGAAGGGCAGGCCCUCGCUGGCUGACCUGCACUCCAUCCUCAAGGUAACAGGGGGCUUGGCUGUACCCAUAGCAUCUCUGGCAUCCCCUGGCCAUGCUGCUGCUCCCUGCGAAGUGUCUGCUGGGCUGGAGGAGGCAGAAGGGGAGCCAGGCAGAGACUCCGUGCCAGAACCUGUCCGCUUUGGAUGGGUGAAGGGCGUCAUGAUCCGCUGCAUGCUGAACAUCUGGGGAGUUAUCCUCUACUUGCGCUUGCCCUGGAUCACCGCCCAGGCAGGAAUCGCCCUGACAUGGCUCAUCAUCCUCAUGUCUGUGACAGUGACCACGAUAACCGGCUUGUCCAUCUCUGCCAUAUCCACCAAUGGCAAAGUGAAGUCAGGAGGCACCUACUUCCUCAUCUCGCGGAGCCUCGGGCCAGAGCUGGGUGGCUCCAUCGGGCUGAUCUUUGCCUUUGCGAAUGCCGUGGCCGUGGCCAUGCACACAGUGGGCUUUGCUGAAACUGUCCGGGACCUGCUGCAGGAGCACAAUUCCCUCAUCGUGGACCCCACCAAUGACAUCCGAAUCAUUGGGGUCAUCACUGUGACAGUGCUGCUGGGCAUCUCCCUGGCUGGCAUGGAAUGGGAGGCCAAGGCACAGAUACUGUUCUUCCUGGUCAUCCUGGUUUCCUUCAUUAACUACCUGGUGGGAACAGUGAUCCCAGCCACUGCUGAGAAGCAAGCAAAGGGCUUCUUCAGCUACCGAGCUGAUAUCUUUGCUCAGAACUUUGUGCCCAACUGGCGUGGACCUGAAGGCUCCUUCUUUGGCUUGUUUUCCAUUUUCUUCCCAUCUGCAACUGGCAUCCUGGCUGGGGCCAACAUUUCAGGUGACCUGAAGGAUCCUGCCGUGGCCAUCCCCAAGGGCACCUUGAUGGCCAUCUUCUGGACCACAAUGUCCUACCUGGUGCUUUCUGCUACCAUUGGUGCCUGUGUGGUCCGAGAUGCCUCAGGCAGCCUGAACGACAGCGUGGCCGUGGGCUCGCCAGGCUGUGAGGGACUGGCCUGCAGCUUCGGCUGGAACUUCACUGCCUGCACCCAACAGCAGAGCUGCCGAUAUGGGCUCAGCAACUACUACCAGAGCAUGAGCAUGGUGUCUGGAUUUGGCCCCCUCAUUACAGCAGGAAUCUUUGGCGCUACCCUCUCCUCAGCAUUGGCCUGCCUUGUCUCAGCCCCCAAAGUCUUCCAGUGUCUCUGCAAGGACCAGCUCUAUCCUCUCAUCGGCUUCUUCGGGAAGGGCUAUGGGAAGAACAGCGAGCCCAUCCGUGGCUACAUGCUCACCUAUGUCAUUGCCAUUGGCUUUAUCCUCAUCGCCGAGCUCAAUGCCAUUGCCCCCAUCAUCUCCAACUUCUUCCUCUGCUCCUAUGCCCUCAUCAACUUCAGCUGCUUCCACGCCUCCAUCACCAACUCCCCAGGCUGGCGACCCUCCUUUCGGUAUUACAGCAAGUGGACUGCUCUCUUUGGAGCGGCUGUCUCAGUGGUAAUCAUGUUCCUGCUGACCUGGUGGGCAGCCCUCAUUGCCUUUGGCAUCGUCAUCUUCCUCCUGGGAUAUGUCCUCUACAAAAAGCCAGAUGUCAACUGGGGUUCCUCCAUGCAAGCCAGCUCCUACAACAUGGCACUCAACUACUCAGUGGGGCUGAGCGAAGUGGAUGAGCACAUCAAGAACUACAGACCGCAGUGCCUGGUGCUGACUGGCCCCCCCAACUUCCGUCCAGCGCUGGUGGAUUUUGUGGGGACCUUCACCAAGAACCUCAGCCUGAUGCUCUGUGGCAACGUGCUGAUUGGCCCACGGAAGCAGAAGAUGCCAGAGUCCCGGCUGAUGGCAGAUGGCCACACUAAGUGGCUAAUGAAGAGGAAGAUCAAGGCUUUCUACACAGAUGUGGUGGCUGAGGAUUUGAGAAGUGGCGUCCAAAUGCUGAUCCAGGCUGCUGGCCUCGGGAAGAUGAGACCUAACAUCUUAGUGCUGGGCUACAAGAGGAACUGGCGGACGGCAUCCCCACAGAGCCUGGAGGACUACGUGGGCAUCCUGCACGACGCGUUCGAUUUCAAGUACGGCGUGUGCUUGAUGCGGAUGAAGGAAGGGCUGAAUGUUUCCCGAGUGCUGCAGGCACAUGUUAACCCCACGUUUGAGGCAGCAGAGCACCCUGAGAAUGGCACUGGCAGCAGAGCAGCCCCAGGCACAGCAGUGGAUCCCACCGCCUUGGCCUGUGAGCAGCAGGCGAGCACCAUCUUCCAAAGCAAGCAGGGCAAGAAGACCAUUGACAUUUACUGGCUGUUUGAUGAUGGAGGUCUCACGCUGCUCAUUCCCUACCUCCUGGGGCGCAAGAAGCGGUGGGCAAAGUGCAAAAUCCGGGUGUUUGUUGGCGGGCAGAUCAACAGGAUGGAUGAGGAGAGGAAGGCGAUUGUCUCUCUACUGAGCAAGUUCCGCCUCGGCUUCCAUGAGGUCCACAUCCUCCCUGACAUCAACCAGAAACCCCGGCCAGAGCACAUCAAGAGAUUUGAUGAGCUCAUCGCUCCCUUCAGGCUGAACGAUGGCUUCAAAGAUGAGGCCACGGUGAAUGAGAUGAGACAGGGCUGUCCCUGGAAGAUUUCUGAUGAGGAGGUCGAUAAAAACAGAGCCAAGUCACUCCGACAAGUGAGGCUGAAUGAGAUUUUGCUGGAUUACUCACGGGAUGCAGCACUCAUAGCCAUCACCCCGCCCAUCGGCAGGAAGGGCCGCUGCCCCAGCUCCCUCUACAUGGCCUGGCUCGAGACCCUCUCUCAGGACCUGAGACCCCCCAUUAUCCUCACCCGAGGAAACCAAGAGAACGUGUUGACCUUUUACUGCCAAUAA